AUGCCCAUGUCCAACUCACUUGGAAUACCUGUGUCUGGGUUGGUUUGGGCCUUCGACCUCCCUUCAGGUCAACGCGAGCACGACGGUGAUGACGAUCUGGCUGCAGCUGUGGAGCGUCAGCUCAACCUGCACGAAACCCAUGAAGCCCAGCUUGAUGAUACCUUUGAGCCUUGGGAGGCUCGCAAGCCAAGCAUCCUGAGCCGCUACACAACCAAUGAAAAGUUGUCCAUCGUCAGCUCGUUCCUCGGGCCCGGUACCACCAUCACGCGCAAGGACUUGCCAGAAAACUCGAUGCAAAGCCGUCUGGAUGAGCUGGAAGACGAUGAUAACAGCUCACCUCAGCGCAUGCAGGACCUGUCCCAGCAAGACUACAUCAAUCGCAUCGAUCAACUCAAGACGGAGCUCAAAAACGCCUGGGCCAACGAGCUGCGCGUGCGCUCUCUCAAGAUUGUGAUUCAGUGUGCCAAGAUGCUUUCGGAUGUGUCCGUGGCCAAGUUCUAUCCCAGCCAGUUUGUGCUGAUUACGGACAUUUUGGACACCUUUGGCAACUUGGUCUUUGAUCGUCUCCUGGUCAAGGCCGAGCAGUGCUCCCGUGGUACUCGGCUCCAGCCCGGCUUUACCCCUGACAUGGUGCCACGCAUCUCGCGCGAAAUUUGCAAAAACUGGUUCUUCAAAAUUGCUUCAAUCCGCGAGCUGCUGCCUCGUAUCUAUGUGGAGGCCGCGCUCUUGCGCAACCGCCGUUUCAUGGGACUCCAUCACAUCGAGGAGACGCUCAUUCGCCUGGCGCGCCAAACGCGUGGCAUUGCUGACCCCUUGGUGGCAAUCUACACCCGCUGCUACCUGUGUCGCGUGGGCAUGUCUCUCAUGCCUCAGCUUCGUGGCUACCUUCUGGAGAUGUUUCACGACACCGUUUCAUGCUUCAAACAGUUUACCUCGCCCAGUGUCAAGAACCUGUGCCAGAUGCAAAUGCUGGAUCGCCCCACGUAUCUUAAUCUCUAUGUGCCGGCAGUGGAUUGGAUCCUGCAAUGUGUGGCGUACCGCUCGACCCGCGAUGUGUUUGAUUCUGUUCUAGCCUCGGGCUCAGAUUCGGAGGCCAGCUCUGUGGUUCUCAACGCCAUCAUGUCCUCUUUUCCGCCCGAGAUGAUUGCGCAAGGGGCGGAGGAAUUUAUCCAGCGCAUUCAGGCCUCACCAACCACUGGUCUCAAGCAUCACCAUCUCUAUCGAUCCCUGGGCGUUUCUUUGACGUUUUGCCCACCAGAGGAGAACAUCCGACGUGCCAUUCUCAACCAGGUGUGGGAGUCCAUUCGUAGUCUGGAGGAUCCCGCCGACUACAUGGCUUGCGCCGAGGUUUGGAUCGAGUAUCCUGUCAAGUACUUUGGAACCCGUGAAGUCAAUGUUCUGCUCGGCGACGUCAUUGCCCACGUCCAGCCAGAUCGCGCGUUUGAGAAUCUGUACCCGCAGCUUCAAUCCAUGUUGAUCAAGGUCAUUGGUCACCAGACCUCGUUCAGCGAGAUAUUUGCCAUGGACAACUUUAUGACGUUUUUGGACCUGUUUCAGAAAGAAGAUGUGCGUGUUGAGGUUGCCAAGUCGGUGCUGCGCGCCUUUUCAAGUCAGAGCUCGUCCCAAAAGCUGAACAACACGGUCACCGUCAAUGCCAUCAUGUAUCUCGCCAAGAUCCUGCACGACUCGCUGUCGGCAACCUCACUGGAAGAUGACCGCCGUGAUGUGACGGCGCUGCUGGUGGCUUUUGUGAACGCCGUUGAUUUUGGCAAGCAAUUUGAGCAGACGCUCCAGUUUUACGUUGAUGCACGAUCCAACUUCAGCAAUUUGGACGCAGUUAUGGUGGUCCUGGUCCACUGUGUCAACAACCUGAUGAUGCGCACGCUGCAAGCGGUGGCCGGUAACCACAAUCGCAAGUCUGGCCAGUUUGUGCGUUCAUGCGCUGCCUUCAACUACAUUACCGUCCCAUCCAUCAAGGAUCCCAUUGAGCGUCUGCGCCUCUUUGUUCUGUCUGGCUCUACUGCUGUCACCAAUCAAGCUCUGGCUCAAGCUGAUGAAUUCUUCACCACUUGCGUCAACUUUGUGCGCGACAUUCCCCCCGAAGUGAUGCGCAACGGAGAGCUUUCGGAUAUUUCGGAAUUCUUAACGCCUGUGCUCUUGAAUCUCCUCAGCGCACUCCUCAUGGUGCCAGAUAACCCCGAAUUGGAGCCGCUGGCAGUGCUCAAGGGCCUACUAAAGGUCCUUGCUGAGAUUGACUGCGUUAUCUUACUUUGUCGAUGUGCCAUGGUCGUGCUAUCACCAGUCGAGGCCAACGAUGACCUGUAUGGCGGCAACAGCAAGUACUUGAAGGCGAUCGAGACCAUGACGCAGGGCGUGUUGCAGGAGAUUGAAGGAGGCUUGGCCGCCAUGCAAAGCCAGCUGGCACAGGCGGAGCUGCGCGCCACCAUUGCGGCCGACGUCUUUACACGCUACGAGUUUUACUUGUACACGGGCGCCAAUCGUCGAGAGCAGACGCGGUUGCCUGUGCCUCGGGCGCAAAACGCAUACACGGAGUUGCAAGCGCGAGCUGCGGGGUGCAGAGCCCUCGUGCAUGCCGAGGAGGGUCGACGCCAGCUCCAGGAGCACGAGCACUCACGCUGCGCUGCGUUGCGCGAUGGCUGGGCCCACACGGCCGGGGAGCACGCACGCGAGCCACGCCGUCGCCAACUGGCUGGGUUGGAGAAUGCAGCACGGUACGACAUGCUCAUUGGAAACGAGAAUUCAGUGUGGAGACGGAACCAUUAUUAA